AGUGGGUCCAUCUCCAAAUCUCCAAUUCUGAGGCCCAAGAUGAACAUGUCUUCAGACUUAUCAAUCGGAUAAACGGGUGUAAGCACGUCCUCGAAAUGACGAAGAAUAAGCUUAGCUCUACACGGCUUAAAUUCCGCUUAAAAAUGACUACGCCAUGAUCUAUUUCCAGGCCGGGGUCGGAUCGGAUGUCACCAUUUUUUUUUACAUACGCCCUACAACAUGUCAACAAGCUAGGGAUGGUAUGGAUGGAUGGAUCAGUCAAUGGGUCAAUCACAACAGGGCGCAGAUGGACAGAGACAGAGAUAUAAAUCCUGGGGGUCAGCUGAGUUGGAUUUUGGUCAAUUCUCAUCACUCUGAGCUUCACUUGAAUCACUCAAACUUGAACCUCUUCAUCACCUACAAUGGCAGCCAAGGUUCCAUCGUUUGUUGACGUUCAAGUCACAAAACUACCCAACACUCCCCCAGAGUAUGAACAUCUCGGCAUUCAUCGAAACGGAGGCAUUCAUCCUUGGGGCUCAGCACAUGCACUGGCCUCAACUCUGAAAGGAAAAAUGACAAAGAAACCAGAAGUCCAGAUCCUCAUCAAUGGCCACUUCAACUCCAAGGUGUACACCACCAACUCUGAAGUCUCUGGCGUCGUCAACAUCACACCUGCUAGAAACACUCGCUACGAUCGACUUGACAUUUCUCUUGAUGGACUUAGCGAGACGCGAAGGGAUGGUCCUGACAUGACACACAUGACAUCUCAUCGAUUCCUUCGCUUAGAGAUGCCAAUCGACGAGUAUCCUGCUGAAGUCCUUGAAGCUGGCGUCACUUACACAUUUCCCUUCAUCUUCAAUAUCCCAGCCCAUCUCUCCUCUAAAGCAUGCUCCCACAAGACCAACUCCGAAGACGUCUGGGAGCGACACAUGGCAUUGCCUCCAACUCUCGGCGGCUGGGAAAAAGACGACAUGGCACCUGAUAUGGCACGAGUAACAUAUAGCAUCAAAGCCUAUGUCCUCACGCGAGCCAGGCAGGGAUUCAACAUUGCCCUCGGCAACUCCCAUGCCAUCAACGUCAUGCCAACGUCUUUCGAGGAGCCUCCUCUGAACAUCACCGAGCGAGACGAUUUAUACAAGAUUGAGAGGUCCAAGAAGGUCAAGAAGAACAUCUUCUCUGCUUCACAGGGUCGAAUCUCUGCAGUGGCGGCUCAACCAGCUGCAAUUCAUCUCACCAAAGAGGGCUACGAAGCUAGCGGGUCUUCAAUUCCCAUCAGUUUCACUUUUGAACCUUCUGCUGCUGAUGUAAUUCCUCCCCAAUUCACAUCUGCUUCUCUCAAGAUCCAAGCGCAUACUUGGUUCCGCGAUCAACCAAUGAUGAACCUACCAACACAAGGAUCUUCAGUUGCAAACUUUGGAUAUCCAUUCUCAGUGUCUCUCCCAAAAGCCUCUCCCAAGGUCCAAUGGACUCAGAAUGUCGACAUGACAAGCACCAAGGAUUCACCUGUUUUUCACACAGCUACAGUCGAAGUUCCCUUCAAACUGCCUACAGCUGACAAAAUGUUUGUCCCAACAUUUCACUCCUGCAUUAUUUCACGAGCAUACACCGUCAAGGUCGUUUUGGAGGGCGACGUCAAGAUUGACUUGACAGUCCCUGUCCAAGUGGUUAUGGGAACACCCGAUGUCUAGGAAACUUUCGUUAGUGUUGCUUUGGGCUAGUUUGGCGUUUUCAGGAUGCUCCAGUUUGACGAGAGAUGAAAAGAUAUCCAGGCGAGCAUUAUCCGAUAGAGUUAGAUUUAUUAAUAGUAAUUGUUUGUCAUGCCG